AUGGCCUCCGUGAACUUCCUGCUCCUCGUGCUCCUCGCCGUCGCCGUCCACAGCGCCGCCCUUACGCUCGCUCAGACAGUUCAGGUCUGGUGGUCGUGCUCGCCGGCGAACUUCACCCCUGGGGACCCCUGCGACACGAACCUCCGCGGCAUGCUCAAGGACCUGGCCACAGGCGCGGUCUCCUACGGAGGCUACGGCAACGACACAGCCGGCGGCGGCCCCGUCCAGUCCUACGGUCUCGCCCAGUACUACGGUCUCGCGAUCUGCUAUGCCGACGCUCCCCCGGAGGUGUGCCGGCUCUGCCUCGGGAUGGCGGCCGGGAACGUGACCAUCGCGUGCCCGCGCUCCACUGGCGCCGCCAUGCUGUACAACAACUGCUUGGUCCGGUACGCAAACGAGAGCUUCCUCGCGCGCCCUGACAUGGUGCAAAGGUUCUCGUUCUACAACAACCUGACGAUGCGCGCCGGAGACGCCGCCAUCUACGCCGCCGCGCUCGGGCGGCUCACGUACCGCCUGGCCCCUGCCGCCGCCGCGUCUCCGGGGUUCUCCGCCUUCGGACGCACCAACAUCAGCGGCAACCAGAGCCUGUACGGGUUCGCGCAGUGCGUGGCGAAGCUGUCGCCGGACGACUGCCGCCGCUGCCUCCAGAGAAUGGCCGCGUCAUUGCCCAUAUACUCGAGAGGAGGGCGCGCCUACUCACUGACCUGCUACAUGCGCUUCGAGGUGGUGCCAUUCUACACGCCGCCCAACACGCAGACCAUGGUCGUGUCGCCGGCGCCGCCACCAGAGCCGUCGCCGGGCGCAGCAACGGCUGCGGAGCCCCAAGGUCAGUUGUUCUAG